AUGCCAGCCAGGCCACCAAUGCGCGUCGAGAGGACUGGUAAUGUGCGGCCAGGGCGAGACAGAGACACAAAAGGGCGACUGUGGGAGAGGCGGCGGCUGGCGACUGCGUGGGCGGCUGGCGACGAUACCGACACCGACACCGACGCGGAUGGACAUGGGCAGCAUGGGGGUGCUGAUGGUGAUGAUGAUGAUGCUGCUGCUGCUGCUGGGGCGGACGCAAGCGACGCACCGCCGCUCGUAAUGGGUACGUGUAGUGUAGAGAGAAACAUAGUCACAGUCGUCGCGGGCUCAGCCGGGCGGCAGGCUGCGGCUACGGGGGUGGUGGGCUGCUGCGAUGGCCACGGCUCAUCACAUCCCAUCCUGUCCAUCCUCUCUCCCACCCCCCCAGGCAAGCGAACACUCUGCCCUCCAGCAAAUCAACGCGACUCGUCAACCUUCCAGCCACUGACCAUUCGCAACCCUCCGCAACCCGUCCACCGCAUAGAUCACGGGAUCGCAUUUCGCUGCGAGUUCAAAGCAUCGUCUUGUAUCCCGCUCUCUGCCUGCUACUUGGCUCGCGCCUCCUCUGCUCUCAUUGCCGUUGCUGCUACCAAACGUGUCAGCUGCACACCUCAAUAUAGAGCUGCGCCGUCGCUGGUUGCCCUAGCUUUCAGAGCCGCAAAAAGUGACCUAGUCCAUCUUGUCCCCGCUACGCCCCUGCAACCCGACCGCACGCGCGAUUGA